AUUAGAUAGAAAUUAUGGGCAAGAAAAUGGUGUGUUUUCUCUCUGAUUAAAGAGAUUAGAACGGGAGUGAAUGUGGAGCAUCAUUCACACACAUUCCGAUGCCCUUCCUCAGUGCGAAUGAACUGUAUGCAUAUCUUCUUCUCCUUUUUUUUUUUUUGUUUAUCAUUUCAGCACUGCCCCAUUCUUUCUCUUUUUGCGCUAAAAGAAAUCGGCUUUUGGACUCUAAACAAGGGACAAGAAUUGUGCAUGGGUUGACUGUAACCCAAUUUUCCAAUCGAUUCGGGUUUUCUUUUUAUUUUUUAUUGAGGCGAAGAUUUAUUUAUGACAUCCUCAACUACUCAUCUGUUUGCAUUCUUCUGAAUCAUCUUUGCCAUUUUCAUGAAAAAAACAGAGCAGGGUCCUCUAAUCUUUAUCUGAGUCGAAAUAAAACCCGUUAACAAAAGAGUUUGUUGUCAUUUGCAUCUGUUUUUCUUAGUGUUGAAUCUCAGUGCAGUGAUAGACUAAACUCAAGUGGGUUUUCUGUUUUCUUCGGAAAACCUCUCCUUUCUCUCGUCUGAAAAGGGUUUUUGCCCUCUUUUUUUUAUUUUUUAUUUUUUUAUUUGGGUUUGCUUUGAUUUUGAGAGAGUUUAUGAUUAUUGAAGAAAAGAGAUUUUUAUUGCAUUUAUUUAUUUAUUAUUAUUAGUUUUUUUUUUUUUUGGCUGAAUUAUGGGCUGUUAGCUUUUGAUUGUGAAAUAGAGAGGGGGGUUAAUUUCAUGAACAGGGUUUUCAAAGGUUUUAGGGGGGGGAAAAAUUAUUUAUACGGUGAGGAAUUUUGAAUGCAGCUAAGUUCAUGAACGCAAUAGUGGUUAAUUAAUGAAGUGGGUUUCUUAAUUUUGAGUGUGAAAUGGGCGCAACAAAUUCAAAAUCUGAGAGGAGUGAUGCUCUGAGGCUGUGUAGAGAAAGGAAAAGAUUCAUCAAGCAAGCCAUUGAUUCAAGAUAUGGUUUAGCAGCUGCGCAAGUUUCAUAUGUUCAGUCUCUAAGGAACAUAGGCAUUGCUCUGAGGCGAUAUGCUGAGGCUGAAGUCUUGAUAGAGUCCGCUCUAUCAGCUUCAGCCACUGAAAAUGAUAAAACUCCAUCACACUCGUCAUAUCUGUCGCACUCCUCAUCGCACAUUGCUGGUGCUUUAGAUUCUCCAGUGCUCAAUGGGAGCCCUUUAUCACCACCUACAGCUAGAGUUAGUUACAUGAGGUCAGGUGGAGCUAGUGCUUUGACUGUUAGAGUGAGUCCACCUCCUAGGAAUACUUAUAUCGAGGAGAUUGAAUUUUCAAUGCCUCCACCUCCACCUCCACCUCCUGAGUUGGGAUCAUCUUGGGAUUUUUUUGAUCCUGCUGAUGAAAAUGAGAGCUUUAGAUUAGCGGGGCAGAAUGGCUUGAAUUUGAACUUUGACGAUGUGAGAAUGUAUGGGGAUUUUGGUGAGAAAGGUGUUGAUUUGGAUAACACCAGUGGGAUUCAGGAUGGGCCUAUGGCACCAAAAUCAGAGACUCGGAGAAAUGGACAUAGUAAAUUGGUUGUGAGCAAUUCAAAUUCCGCUACAUGUGAAAAGAAUGAAAGCAGUGGUCAUCAAAGAGUUGAUGGUGAAGUGAAAGAUGUGAACAAUGAGAUAAAAGUAUAUGGAUUAGCGGGAAGUGUGGCGGGGAAGGUUCCAUUAGAACAGUAUAGUUUGAAGAUGAAAAAAUUUGCAGUAGAGAAGGAUAUAUGUGCUGAAAUAGAAGAUCCUUCGGAGUAUAUAACACAUAGGGCUAAAGAUUUUCUCUCUAGCAUAAAGGAUAUUGACAACCGGUUCUUUAGAGCAUCUGAAUCAGGGAAAGAGGUAUCAAGGUUGCUUGAGUGCAGCAAAAUCAGUAUAGGAUAUGAGGCAAAAGGUAAUUCAUCAUCUUCUGUUUAUUUAGCCUCUUUUCGAGCUGCUUGUUGCCGAGGAAGACGUACAAAUGUUCCUGAUGGAUUGGAACAUGUGACCAAGGUUAUAACUUGGAAAAGGACAACAUCAUCAGGGUCAUCCUCAUCUAGGAAUCCUCUUACCACAAAGGAUGACAAUGAUGACAGUGGAAGUGAUUUUAUUGAAGAGUUCUGCAUGAUUUCUGGAAGUCACUCUUCUACACUGGAGAGGCUUUAUGCGUGGGAGAGAAAGCUAUAUGAUGAAGUGAAGGCCAGCGAGUCUAUCCGGAAGGAAUAUGAUCGCAAGUGCAACCAGCUUCAACACCAAUUUGCCAAGGAUCUUAGUCCUCAAACAAUUGACAAAACUCGGGCAGUGGUGAAAGAUCUGCAUUCACGAAUUAGAGUUGCACUUCAUGCUGUUGAUUCAAUAUCAAAGCGAAUAGAGAAAAUGCGGGAUGAAGAGUUGCUCCCUCAAAUUAUGGAACUUAUUCAAGGAUUGGCCCGGAUGUGGAAAGCCAUGCUCAAAUGCCAUCAUAACCAGUAUAUAACCAUCUCGUUAGCUUAUCAUGCAAAAACUACCGUGGGAAUUGUUCAUGGGAAAACACACAGGCAGAUUAUAAAUCAGCUGCUGGAUGAGGUGGAGUAUUUUGGUCUGAGUUUUGCUGAUUGGAUCAACAGCUAUACAUCUUACGUGGAAGCACUCAACAGCUGGCUACAGAACUGCAUUUUGCAACCACGCGAGCGACAAAAAGGCCGAAGAGCAUUCUCCCCUCGCCGAGUUCUGGCCCCACCUAUAUUUGUCCUCUGUCGGGACUGGUCAGCCGGAAUCAAAUAUUUGCCAUCCGAAGAAGUUAGUGAUGCAAUCAAAGGUUUUCUAUCUGAUCUGCUACAUUCAGUUAGACACCAGCAAGAAGAAUCCCAGGAAAAGGCAACCACGGAGGAUUUGCAAAACAAUGAAGAGUCAGAGAGUAAACACAGUAAAGAUGAGGAGCAAAGUGAUGAUCGAGUGUCAAAUUUAAGUGGCAUACAAACAAGUUUGACUAAGGUUCUUGACUGGCUGACUAAGUUCUCCGAGGCUUCGGUGAAAAUGUGCAACGAUAUUCAAAAGAAAUGUGAGGCAGCUCAGAAUGCGUAUGACAAUUACAGAGCACCACCAAGAUCCUUUAACAUUUGAUAUGAGCUACAGUUUCAUCUUAAUAUUAAAGUUGAUUGUUGAAGUAGAUAUUUGUAAAUUCAGAACUCUGGAGAGUUUUUUAUAUUUCUUUUUCCUUAUAAAGAUCUGGUACGAUAACAGAAUUUAUUUUUGAAUGGCGAAAGGAUUUGUGAAGUGGUUCUAGUAAA